AUGGCAGUCUUCAAUGGACAGAUAUGUCAACUCUGCAAUGUCUGGUUUGUGGAUGCCAAUGCGCUCGAGCGUCAUACCAAGGCGUCUUUCGUGCAUAGGGACUUCCAAUGUCCGAAUUGCUACGAGCGGUUUCAUGGUCCUCAAGAGCUGGUCGACCAUCGCGUCGCAGCCCACCACUGCUGCGUCAACUGCAAUCGCCUUUUCAAAAGCCAUCAGAGUCUGCAGAUGCAUCUCAAGUCAUCAUUGCACAAGGAGAGGACCGUACCUUGUCCGGGACAAGGCUGCACAAAACUGUUUCUCUCAGGCGCCGGACUCGUGAACCAUCUCGAGUCGGGCGCUUGCCCAUCACGCACCACGCGACACCAUGUUAACAAGCUCGCCGUCCGCUACGAUGAGACAAACAUCGUCACGAACGCCUCGCGCCUGUUGACAGGGCCCGAUGGGCACAUGCAGCCUAAGCUCCCAGUGGUAUCGAUCGCGACCUCGCUCUCAUUCAACGGGACUCAGUUUGAGUGCUUCUUGUGCCACCGCGCGUUCAAAACCCUCGGCAGGCUCAACGAGCACCUCGCGAGUCCCGCGCAUGAUGACGAGAUCUACAAAUGUCCAGCGCUUUGGGACGGAUGCGGCGCCGAGUUCCGGACGCUCAGCGGUCUCUGCCAGCAUGUCGAGAGUGAGACGUGCGGCAUCCGCAGAUUCAACCGUCAUAUGCAGAACGUUAUUAGCGAGGUGACGACGGCGGUAGGUAAGUUUAUACACUAA